GUGAAGUUAGAUCGCGGUCCUGCCUCUACAUUUUACUGGACAGUAAAAAUAGAUAGGCUUGGAUAUUUUUAUUCCUCUCGUGGCUUUGUUUUGGUAAGAAUAUUUACUGUUUAUUAAUUACUUCAAAUAACAAUGGGUCGUAAGAAGAUUCAAAUAGCUCGUAUCAAUGAUGAAAGAAAUCGACAGGUGACAUUUACAAAAAGAAAGUUUGGUCUGAUGAAGAAGGCCUAUGAAUUGAGUGUCCUAUGUGACUGCGAAAUAGCUUUGAUUAUAUUCACUAGCAAUAACAAGUUGUAUCAGUAUGCCAGCUCUGACAUGGACAAGGUGCUGCUUAAAUACACAGAGUACAAUGAUUCUGUAGUUAGCCAGACCAACAAAGAUAUAGUUGAUAUGCUGAGUAAAAAAGAGAACAAAAGUGGUGAUAUGGAUGGUGAUGAUGAUGAGUUUCCCAUUUCUCCUCGGACUGAUGAAAACUACCGUAAAAUUGAUGCUGCUUUUGCCAGAGCAAUGAAUGAUGGUGGUGGGGUUAAGCAACAGCAGGUUUACCAGCUACCAGUUCAAGUACCCACAAGCCAGUUCACAGCAACACCAGCAAAUAUGGGUGGUGGAUCAGUUAUAGUUCUCCAGCCAUCCACCGCUUUAGCACAUUCAGUUUCCACUUCAUCAGGAAGUCGAGUAAGCCCAGCGCCAGUGAGUGCUUCUCUGUUGUCUAACAAUCAAACCACUCAGCCAGCCAGUACUUCUCAGCCUGUACCAGUUGCCUUACAUCACGUCACAGAUUUCUCCACUGCCGUUGCGGCCUCUACAUCUAAUCAGGCACUGACUGUUACUGCAGGAAAACGACCUGGUUUAAAGGUGCUGAUACCUGAAAGAGCACCUGCUGUUCAGCAAUCUAGGCCACCAGGAACGGCGCUAGACACACCUAAUGUAUCUAUUGCAACUCCCAAUCAAGGAAAUCAAGGGGCUAUACAAGCUAUUUUAGCUGGAGGUAAUGGCCAAUUUUUUGAUCUCCUCAAUAGUGCAGAUAUAGCAGGAUUGUCUCCCUUAGUUUAUCAGUUGAGCAGUCAAGGUCCAGGUCCACUCACAGCAGCCUUACAAGCUUCAGGUGUAACAUUUACUCCAGGUGGAACAAUGACUAUGAAUCCGGCACCAAUAACUGUCUCUAUGAGUAGCCAUAAAAGUAAUCUUAUAAAACAAGAACCAGGGUCUCCUCUCAAGAGUGAGCACCUGGGCCACACACCUCCCCCUAAUCAGCAAUCACCUGCGUCGCGCAUGUCAGAUGAGCCUAAUGAAAAAAGAUCUCGAUUGGAUAAUGAUGGUUGACAUUUAUAAAUUUAACAUUGUAUUAUACAUAAUACCAAUAGAAAAUUUUUUGUAUGUUGACAGAACUUUUCUUAGAUUUGUAAUUUUAUAUAUAUUAUUUCCAGCUUUCAGAAAUAUAGCUUUUUCAUCAACAUUGAAAUUCUAACUAUCAUAGUCAAUUUUUUUUUUAUUAAUAUACUGUUUUAAAAAAAGGUUACAAACCAGAAACAAACAAUGCUUAGCUGAUCUUAAUACUGUUUUUGUGUGGGUUGUUUGUUUUUUUUUAACUUUAAAAUGUAACAGUGUAUUCAAAUCUUUCAAUGCUGAAUUUUCAUAUCAUUAUAAAGCUAUUUUAAUACCAAAUGUAAAAUAUGUUUACGUAUUGUUUUAAUACAUAUACAGUUGCUCAUGCUAUUGUGGGAAUUUUAAAUUUUCAUCUACCUUGGUUUAAUUUAUACUUAAGGUGAAGUUUAGUGCUUUGGAAUAUAUUUAAAACAUAUUUGACUUGUACUCAUGUUGUUUUUUAUACUUAAAAAAGAAGAGCUACUAUCAAUGAAAUUUUUUAUGUUGGAACAACACAUUCAAAUGAACAUGAAUAUUAAAAAUCUAGUUAAAGCAGAAGAAAGAUGAAGUUACUACAAAUAAUAUUUGAGUUGAGAGACUUGAGUAAGGUAACACUGUGAUAUUGUCCGGUGACUAGAGGGCCUUUCUUCAAUAUUAAAUGUAGUUAGUGAUAUGACACCAGUGUUAUUCUGACAAGUCUUAUUACUGGGAGUAUAAAUAUCUUGUUGAAGUAUUAACUUUUUAAUUGCACAGAUUUUUCAACUUCGUAAAGUAUUCUUUAAGGAAAAUACUGUAUUUUAGCUGGUAGCUAUUUAGUAAAUUAGAUACAUUCAUUUAUCUUGAUACCACCUGAUUGUGCACUCAACAUACUGAUGCUUCUAAGCACAAUUCUUGCAUGUUACUUUGUUCAACAAAUAAAUACCACAUAAUUCACCAGGUACCACAUUAAUUUGACACCCUUGGUUAAUUGUUUUCAUUAUUUUUUUCCUGUAAAUAUUUUGUUUGACUGAUCUGAUGCUUGUAUAUUACAAGAAAAUUUAAAACUCCUGUAUCUUUUAUUACAUUUUGUAGAAAAAGAAUGCUCUGCGCAUAUCUUUAAUUGCUUGUCCUUAGUGAGACUUGUGUAACAAACAUGUCGAUAGUCUCCCCUUGUGCUGAAAGCAUAUCACAAAAUAGUUUUUUGGUCCCUGUGAUCCUAAUUUUUUUUCGUAUCAAAUAUUUGUUUCUUGUGGAAAUUUACAGUCACUGGUUUAUGAAUCACUUAUGGAUUUUACUGCACAUUUGUAAUCUUACGUUAGCAAGAUGCUCUGUACAGGUAAAAUCAUCUCCUAACCAUGUCCAUUAUAAUUUUCAAAUUGUUUAUUUUACUAUUUUUGCUUUUAAAGGUAGUUUAUUUAAAGAAUUACAAAAACUUUAAGUUCAAAUUAUAUUAUUGAAAUAAUUAUAAAAUGUAAUUGUUCGGAUUUAGUAAGUUUUAUUCUUUUUUUUUUUUAUAAAAAUGUUUAUUGCUCACCACUUUAGUGUUACAUUGAUUAUAAGCUUGUCAGAAAUGUAAAGACCUUUUCUAACUUGUUUUUUUUUUUUUUGACACAAAUUUUGGUAGUUGAUUUAAUUUUCCAUAACUAGCUUGUAUUUUUACUUCUCUAAGGACUACAUAAAACUUAUAGAUUUUAUAUUUUUAGGCAUAUUUCCGCUAUUCAUCUUACAAAAUAUACAUAAAUGUUAGAAUAAUAUUGAUAUGGCUAUGUUUUCUUUCUCUUUAAAUUCAGUAUUAGUUGGGGUUUUUUAAUGUAAUUCAAGAUUUUUAUUUCAUGCUAAUUUAAAACUAAAGGCAGAUGUGUUUGUAUAGAUCACAAUAAGUUUACAGUGUCCUCAUGGAAUUCCAUGUAAUUAACAAAACAAGAACAAAAAUAUUUAGCUAAAAACUUGGCAUGGAUGGUGUGGUGGUAACAAAUAGAAAAACAUAUCUGGGAUUAAAAAAAUUCUUUAUAAUUGAACAUUUUCAUCAGAUAAAAAGUUGGUUAAAACAAUUUGUAUCAUUCCAAGCCAACUAUUCUUUGUUACUUGAAUGCUGCAUCACUUGUAGAAUGUUCCUAUCCUUACAAUAAUAAGGUGGCUUUCUGACACUCUGUGAUUGCAAGUUUAAACUGGAGGAAUGCUCUCGGCACUUUAUAUCAGGAUGUAUUAACCAUGUUUUGUUUAUAACUUCUUUUUGUUAUUUUUUUCUAAAACAAUUCACUGUUAAAAAGCUGAAACUUUUUUCUAAAACUGAUUGUUAUCAAUUGAUCUUUACUGUAUGAUAAGAUUUGUUUAUCACAAUUGAUUACAAUUUUGAUGUCAUUUGGCCUUGCGGUACCUGCAUGUCAUGUUACAAUGACAACAUAAUAUGUAUAUAGUGUGUGAAAAUGUGUGUACAUAUUUGCUGAAUUGGUCUUGAUUCAUUGUAAAUAUACAUUAUAAACAGCAAUACAUUGUUUUCAUAAUCUGUUUUGACAUUACUGCUGUACGAUAUAUAUUUGCAUUAUUCAAAUAACUGUUUAUAAUCUUUGUAUGUAUAUUGUUACAUAUAAGAAACUUUAAACUGUUCACUGUAUUAUUAUAGUGUAGAAAUAUAAAUUAAAAAAUGUGUUUU